GAGCGACUAAUAUGUGGAUUCUUACCAGCUGUAUUGCGUUAGUCAGCGUAGGUCUCUCCCUGCAGGCUGAAUGUGACGUAACGAACAACCAAGGUUUCUGUGGCGCAGCCUGCAUUGAGGGUUUCGCCGAGGCGGAGUCGGACACGUGUUCAGAGGGCAUCUGUUGCUAUGUAGACACCUGUCCAUUUGAUGAAGGGGCGUUUUGCGGUCCGUCCUGUGAUGUUACGCCUGGAUUCGUUGAUGCAGGGGAACCGUGUGUAGGCGGCGUCUGCUGUAUUCCAGAGAACUGCCCGAACGGCGUGUGUGUUCCAAAGGAGAAAGAGGACUUACUGGGACCUGCGUUUAGCGAGGAUACAGCCGCGACAUGUGCCGCAGGGGAGAUCUGCCUGGUCUAUGAGGUCUGUGAUGGAAUAUGUGUACCUGAAGAAAAAGCGCCGCUUGUCCCUGGGUUUACUGAGGAUCCUAGUGGAGUCUGCAUACAAGGGGAUAUCUGCAUCGUGCCUGUGGUUCCAACCACAGCAGGCCCCAUAGAAACUACAGAGGCGGCUGUAGAAACUACAGAGGCGGCUGUAGAAACUACAGAGGCGGCUAUAGAAACUACAGAGGCGGCUGUAGAAACUACAGAGGCGGUUGUAGAAACUACAGAGGCGGCUGUAGAAACGACACUGGCGGCAGAUGAACCUACGACAUUGGCGGCAGAUGAACCUACGACAUUGGCGGCAGAAGAACCUACAACGGCCGCGGUGACGACUCCCGAUACUCGAUGUGAGGGAGCCAUCGAUGGGCUGUGUAUGCCACAGAAUCUGGUUCCAGUAGUCCCAUCAUGCGCGUCUGUAGAUGAGGCGGCCACGGACUGCAAACCGGGUGAAAGCUGUUGUGUGGGCUGAGGAAGUGACACAUGCCUACAUGUAUCGAACUCCAUACUGUAAGCUAUAUCACUGCAAACAUAGAGAUUGGAUAACACCGGAAUGUGAAACAUAUACAUACUGUUUCUUGAUGAAUAAAUGCAUUUGCUGCUGGU